AUGCGCACAACUCGGCAGAAAAGAAAGGCCGGUGAUGUCCUUCUACCUGGCCUUCCGGAUGAGAAGCGAGUCAGGACACCGAAGCCGCCUGGUGGCAGCCCCGCUCGUGUCUCUAAGCCCUCUGCAAAGAAAGGGAAGAAGAAACAUGAUCCAAGCCUGCCCCAUGUUGCACUUGCAAACAGUCUCCUCGAGGAUGGGGAUAGUCUUCGUCUGCAAGGAAGUUCACUUGGUCAAAACUUUCCACCACCGACAGUAUGGGGACCUCGUGAAGAGCCUAUUACCGAUCCUACCCAGCUGCCUGAAGGGUGGUCUGUAAGUGAGACAGAUCUCGCGGAUGAUGAUAUCGAUGGCCAGAUUCAAAGAUGUCAACGACGCAUUGGCGAGAACAUGAUGCCUGAUAUUUUCAAGGAGAGAUUGAAAAUGUACCAAAAGAUCAAAGAGGAACACACAGAAAUGAUCAACUCUGAGCCUAGCGGUCUUAGCUGGGAAGUUGUUCAGCGUCUUGAUAUUCUGAAGAAUGUCCAAACUAGCCUUGAGGAGUUGGGACGAGACAAUGGGAAUACUCCCAAUGUGAUGGCCAUUAUGGCUGCUUAUCGAUCAGGGGACCUUGUCUGGGAUCAAAAUACGGUCACUUAUUGGGCCCAUGGAAGAAUAGUUGCAGGUCCCAAGAAAAUGGAUACGAAGGAAUUUUUUGCUCUUACCGAGAAGCUUGGCCCCGAAGGCAUUUGGGUUGAAGGACUGGACGACUACAAACCUCCGCCGUUAAACCUGUGGUUCACUAUGGGCCCACACCAUGCCGACCAUGCCACGCAUGCGUUUGUGGUAUCGCUCCGGAAUCCUCGAACUGCAAGCACACAUACACCGCUUCAAACUAUACACAUCCAGGUUCUGGAGGAUACUGGAGCUUCGACGAUGAAGAUGUUCCAAGCUGACAAACAACAGCUUGAAGCACUGAGUGGCCAUCCCUUGCCUGUCAGCAGUACAUCAAUUAUGACCACAGCGAAUGGGGACGUUCAAGUGGAUAACUUUAUAGUACAAGCCAACAUCUUCUGUAACAACCAGCCCAUGCUCCCCCAAUGGACUGACAUUCGAGUCAGUGUAGCCCGUGAGCCUCCCAAUACUAGCCCUUCAGGCUUCCGGCUGUCUGGUGUCUGGAUUCAUCAUAUGCUAUAUUGCUUGAGUAUGCCCGAUAACUCGCUGAAUAUGCAUGUUGGAACCAGUCUGCUUGAAAUUUUGGCAAGUGUACCUCUUUGCGAUCCAGCGUUGGCUAUACCACCUCCCAUUCAUCCUUGA